GUAUGAACUUGUUUCCCUCGUCAACAAACGCAUCGAUCAACACAACCAGAUAUCACACAAUAUGAUGAGCACCGGCUGCGACGCAACACCAACGCCAUCCGGCUCACGCUGCGAAGUUCUCCGCCAGGUUGAACGACUCGGUGGUGCCCAAACAAUGAUAGACCGGGACGAUCUCGCAACCGGUACCACAACACCAUUAUACGUCCUGCACAGCAACAAAGAAAAUAAGACCGUUACCGUGUUACAUACAGACCCCCGCGCGCAGGUUUCGGGUCAAGCGUUGAGCACAGCGAAAUAUCACUCCCUGUCCUCGAAAAUGGACGUCAUUCUCCGCGGCGUGCCGAUCAAGAUGAAGACCAACACAAUGGGGAACUCUCACAGGUUCGUCCAUCAGGGUCUAAGCUAUAGUUGGAGUGUCCCAAUUCGAGCAUGUCGAUGAACGCGAUGUACCUGAAAGAUGCCGGGGGCAACCUGCUGGCGACGUGGAAAAGAUACCCUGAAGGCAGGUCCAGCGGCAUCAUUGGACAGUCUGCCCCAACAUUUGAGAUUUACGUCCCACCAUAGAGCCUCGACAUGGACAUGGUGAUUGUUACAAGGCUGGCAGCGGUUGAGUGAUGAGUAUUGGCUGUACAAUACACUGUCUAAGAGCAUCUACCUCACUCUAGGGCUCACCUAGAAUGGCCGCUUUCAGCGUCGCUAAGCAAAACUCAAUAUAUUAUAGACCUUUGUGUUCGAUUAAGAAGAUGCGCCGACUUGUUUAGCAAACUUGACACGUA